CCAUCCCCAUCCGGCCAUCCCCACUGUUUUAUAGGCAGCUCCUCCGAAACCGAAGUCCAGCGCCCCCCAGCUCCUCCAUUCGCGCAAAGAACGCCAAGCCCACCCAACGAAAUCUCUCCCCAAUCUACCCCUCGCCGGCGCCCGGCGAUGUGCCCGACGAAGCCCGAUCGCCCUGGCCAGGCCGCCACCGCCGCCGGCUCCGUCGAGAAGAGCUGGCGGGAGGAGGCCGUGGCCGCCGGCUCCCUGCGGCUGGUCGACCUGGACCGCGGCGCCAACGGCUGGGCCUCGCCGCCGGGGGACCUCUUCCACCUGCGCGCGCGCGGCUACUUCAACAGCGGCGGCGGGAAGCGCGGCAAGGCGCCGUCCGCCGCGGACUGGCUGCUCCGUCCCGCCGGCGUCGACUGGCUCCGCUCCCAUGCCCGCCUCGACCACGUGCUCGCCCGCGACGACAACAGCGUCGCCGCCGCCUUCCGCCGCGCCCGCCUCAGGAAGGACCCCACCGCGCACUUCCUCCUCGCCGUCAAUCUCCAGGUGCCGGGGCGGCCGGACGCGUACAGCGCCGUGUUCUACUUCGCGGCGGAGGCGCCCAUCCCGCCGGACUCGCUGCUCGGCCGCUUCAUCCACGGCGACGACGCGUACCGCAACGCGCGCUUCAAGAUCGCCAACCGCAUCGUCAAGGGCCCCUGGCUCGUCCGCGCCACCGUCGGCAACUACGCGGCCUGCCUGCUCGGCCGCGCGCUCACGUGCCGCUACCACAAGGGCGACGACUACCUCGAGAUCGACGUCGACAUCGGCAGCUCCGCGAUCGCCAGCGCCAUCCUGCAUCUCGCGCUCGGCGCCGUCACGUCGGUGACCAUCGACAUGGGGUUCCUUGUCGAGUCCCAAUCCGAGGAGGAGCUGCCCGAGAGGUUGUUCGGCGCCGUGCGCAUCGCGCAGAUGGAGAUGGGCGCGUCCAAGUACGUGGAGCUGCCCCCUGAUGAGGCCAUGCCUGAGACGGCUGGCAGGGCUGGGGCGGGGUUCAGGGUAAGCUCGGCGAAGGUGGUCAAUCAUAGCCGCCAACAAGACCAUGCCGGCGGCAAGGUCGGCAGGUCGAUGAGUUGCCCAGAGCGAGAGAGCGGAGGAAAAUAGGCGCAAAUUACGCAGGUGCGCAAUGCAGAAAGAAACCAUCAUCCAUGGGUGGGAGAGUGAUGGCAAGAACCGGAAGACGAAGGCUGGGCAACCCCCAACACAUAAAACGCUGAAGCUGGUGCCAUGACCACGACCUCGACCACGAAUGGCCCCUUCAUCAUUCAUAAAGUCCUGACUUCAUUUGCUUGUGAUGAUGAGAACUUAAAACCUGAUGAUGGAUGCGAAAUCAAUUAAUAGCAGCCUAUUAAUUUAUCUAUGGCUGAGUUCUUAUUA